AUGACAGCAAGGUUGAUGUCUCGACAUAUAUCCGGAUUUGGAUUCUCGUUUAUACCUGCUUUUGCUGUUGAGAGUAUGAAUGAGGUUAAUUUUACACAGAACCAUCUGAAAAAGGCCCCUCGUAAUGAAAGCGCCUGGAACUACCUGUAUGGCCUGCUUGUGCCGCCCUCCGUUCCUUCUGACUCACCAGAUCAGCAGAUAACCAUUCAGCUUCCGCCGGCGCAUGUCCUGGCCCGCAUGCGCAUCUUUUUCGAUGAACUUGCUGCGAGCGAUCCAAGCGUACAGGAUAGUCCGGCACCGCUUAGCUUUCUACUUGAGGUGUUAGCCGACUGUUUAAUUCUGAAGCUGGCUACUCUUCGUGUGACCAAUGACUGCGAUGCCACUUCCUGUCCGAUGGAGUCAGAAAAGUGCAUUUGCAGUGUCCUACUCUCCCACGCAGUCUGUGCUGUUCUUGCAGGUAUGAAGGAGGUAUGA